AUGAUAACCGCUGCCAGCAGCUCAACCUCUUCGCCGCUGCCGUAUUCGGUUACAGCCCCAGUUGCAGUUGCAGUUUCUUCCAAAUCACAGCCCAUUAGAAAACCUAAGCUGCGAAAAUGUCUGGUCAAAACCAACCGGGGAGUGGUCAAAAAGUGGAUGGCAGCGAACGUACGAAAGCAGCCAGCAGUCGCACUACGAUCAGAACCACCAGAAGAGCCGGCUCCAGAGCCACAAAUUAAAGAACCAGCAGCAGAGCCAGCAAGGGUUCAAGUGCCAGAGCCAGCUCCAGCUCCAGCCCCAGCACCAUCUCCAGCUCCAAAGAAAGCGCCGCAGACAGCACGAGCACCAGUCCCACCAGUUGACAAGUCAGAUUCGGUAUCGGUGUCGGUAUUGGCACAACCAGCACAGAAAAAAACCCAUGGUGUUCUGGCGAUGAAACUUCCGAUUCCCAUACCCGUUAUGGAAAUAAAAACGGAAAUAGAGGAAGUGCCGCCCGAAGUGCCAAUGGAAGAAGAUACAUUGGGAGCCUUACCCGUACCCAUACCCAUACCCACACCCACACCUAUAGCCACACCCAUAACCAUACCCACGGCUCCGGAAGCUCCUGAAGAGGCGACGCCACCUCAGGAGGUGGUUCCACUUCCACCCACCACAUCGAGUUUUCAGACAAUUCGCAUAAGUGCGCCUCCGCCCUCGGCUGGCAGACUGGUCAGCUCGCUGCUAUCAGCCAGCUCGGCCGAAUCCAGCCAGAACCCUGGCAAUACCAAGAUUUUCUCCUUCCUGUAUCCGCACCGCUAUCAGCGAUCGUAUGGCGACGUGGGGCUGGACUUUUGCUGCCCCAAUCUGGAUGGACCGAUGCGAGCCAUUGACCCGACGCGUUUGCAUGCCACGGCGCAGGUGCCUGUGCUGGAGCUGCCGCAGUUCAUGGUUAUCACGACGAAGAUCAUCUCCAAGGCGGAUAAGGAUCUGCCCCACAAGGUGCGUGCGAAGCUGGCGCAGCUGGAUAAGACUGGAGGGAAGUUGGUGGGGCAGACGGUGUGCAUGAGCAUGGACUCCAGUGAGCCGUCGAUUCUAGUGGCAGUGCCGUCGUCCAACCUUGGUCCGGCUCCUCGGACUCUUCCCGCCUUAAUUCCCAUUUCUAACCCUCCGCCACCCACCGCACCACCUGCGCCCACCGCUCCACAUGCACCCACCGCUCCACCUGCACCCACCACAACUCCUGCACUUCCAGUUUCUCAUGAUGACAUCGUUCAAUCCUUGACCAAGCACUUGCCACGUGGAACGACACUAACCAAAAAGGUCCUGCCGCCUGGGGCUGCCCUACCCGCUGCUGCCAGCUCGUCGAUGGUGGCUAGUAUGCCACCUGCCCUGAUCCAGCUGCCGCCAAUCUGCCCCAAGGACAAACAACGGGUGGAGCUGCAGACACGAGUUCAGAUAUUCGACCUGGUGCUCCAGAUCCUAAGCAGACGCGCAACCACACUGACCAAGGUAGAGCGACAGCGCACCAUUGAGGAGAUUGUGAUGACCAGCACCCUAAUGCCCAUCGACGUUGAUGUGGGCACCAAGCUCCUUGAGAACUACGUCUAUUACCUCAACCGAGCUACUAACAUCCAGACGCCCCUGCCCUCGCUUUGCCUCAACCCUGUGGUAACAACAGCUGCUACUCAGAGUGCGCCCACAGUCGCCAGUCUUGUCGGCAUCCCGGCGGUGGCCAAGAGUAAAGUCAGCACUACAUCUGCAUCUGCAACUGCAACUGCAACCCCUUCCGCACCCGCACCAGCAACGAAGAAGCCAGCACAAAAGCGCAGUUCUCUGCCAGCCGGCAUUCCGGUAUACGAUUCGGAGAAGAACAUCAUUGGAUAUCAGUGCCCGACACCGAACGCUUCGUUUGUCAAUCGACCAACGCCCAUGGCUAACAGGACUCCACUGGCACCCUCCGCCUCCACGGCAGCCCUUGGUGGAAGCAAGUCGGCCAGAUCGAGUGUGCAGCUAAAACAGAACAAGAAAACGAAAACUACGGCUGGAAUGCCUAUGAAAGCAGGACCAAAAGGCAGCACUGGAAAUAGAGUUGGCCCGGCUGGCCAGGGGAAAUACAAUAGAAUACACUAUACAAAGACCUCAACAUGA